GUUUAGUGAGAGGGAGGGAGCAUGAUCUUCAAGUUGAGGGCUUGAAGCAACUUGUGGCUAACUGGCUAUAGCAAACUUGCCUUAUCCUUUACUCAAUUGUGGUCGUCCUUACUCCCUCACCAAUUCUGAUUUCCUUCACCAAUUUCUGCAAAAUUUCCUCCAUCUGCUUAAUAUCUUCAUCCCUACAACUUGAAGCUCUCUAAUCUCAUCAUUUCCCUCUUCCAAGGGCUUCCUCCACUCUUUCUCCUGCCACACACUCUCAGCUCUGCUCGAGCAAAAGCGGCCUUUUCGCUCCAGCAAAUGCUGCCUUUGUGAAGCCGGCGAGAACCCAUGUGGCUGGUGGAAGGGACAGAGUGAUGAAGGUCUCGUGCCAGGCAACUAGCAUCCCAGCCGAUCGUGUUCCUGACAUGGGCAAAAGGGAGCUGAUGAAUUUGCUUCUGUUGGGAGCUAUAUCUCUCCCCACUGCUGGGAUGCUGGUUCCAUAUGCCUCUUUCUUUGUCCCCACUGGAACUGGAGGUGGUGGUGGUGGUACAGUGGCUAAGGAUGCCGUUGGAAAUGAUGUCCUUGCUGAACAAUGGCUCAAGACUCAUGGCCCUGGAGACCGAACCCUUACUCAAGGACUGAAGGGAGAUCCUACUUACCUUGUGGUCGAGAAAGACAGAACACUUGCAACAUACGGUAUCAAUGCCGUUUGCACGCAUCUCGGUUGUGUUGUGCCGUUCAAUGCUGCUGAGAACAAGUUCAUUUGCCCCUGCCAUGGAUCCCAGUACAAUGAUCAAGGCAGAGUGGUUAGAGGACCGGCUCCUUUGUCGUUGGCAUUGGCUCAUGCUGAUGUAGAAGAUGGCAAAGUGGUAUUCGUUCCAUGGGUAGAAACCGAUUUCAGAACUGGAGAUGCUCCAUGGUGGUCUUAGGAGCUUUCUUCUCUUAUGAAACCUCCGUAUGGAUCGAAUGCAAAGAUGUACUGAUAUGAAAGUUGGAAUUUCUUUGUUGUCUGUGCUGAUGGAGCAAACUCCAUGAACUUGAGAGCUCAGUUUACACGAAUACAAGCAGACUCCGUAUAUGUGUGCCGUUACUUGUAUAUCAUCUGUGUAUUUUGAAAAUUCCCGUCUCUCUUCCAUGUUCAUUAUGAUAGGUCAGAAACGGAUAUUGAGAGUUUCUCUCUUAGAAACCUAGCUACAAGACAUUUCUGGGAAGGAGUGCCCUUCUGAGAUUAUGAAUCCAAUUCUCCCCGCACGACUUGUCGAUUUUACCAGCAGCUACCAACCAUGAAGCUAUCAUACUUCCAAUCUUGAAGGAGACGACCGACGGAG